UCUCUUUUCGCACCGACCAAGCGACGGUGGGAAAGUAACCGAUUUGCAUUUCUUCUCCUCUCGGCCACGUCCUAUAAAUACACCUCGACCGAUCACUACAAGGCACAAGCCCUGUGGAAGGAAGGAUUCGAGUGAUCCUUGUUCGUCUUCUCCACAUGGCGGCCCCAAAUUCGGUUCCCCUUCUCACCGCUUACAAGAUGGGCAAGUUUGACCUUUCUCACAGAAUUGUGCUGGCGCCGUUGACAAGGCAGAGGUCGUACGGUAACGUGCCGCAGCCGCACGCCAUAUUGUAUUACUCUCAGCGGGCAUCCAAAGGCGGCCUCUUGAUUGCCGAGGCAACUGGAGUUUCCGACACUGCUCAAGGGUAUAAAGACACUCCCGGUAUUUGGACCAAAGAACAGGUGGAAGCUUGGACGCCCAUUGUGGAUGCAGUUCAUGAAAAGGGUGGCAUCUUCUUUUGCCAGAUUUGGCACGUUGGAAGGGUUUCCAACACUGAUUUUCAGCCCAAUGGCCAAGCUCCAAUUUCAUGUACUAAUAAGCCAUUAAGUCCUCAACUACGAGCCAAUGGCGUUGAUGAAGUGAGAUUUUCUGUCCCACGGAGAUUGGAGACUGAAGAAAUUCCUUUGGUUGUCAAUGAUUUUAGACUUGCUGCUAGAAAUGCCAUUGAAGCCGGUUUUGAUGGAGUUGAGAUUCAUGGAGCACAUGGCUACUUAAUUGAUCAAUUCAUGAAGGACCAAGUGAACGAUCGCACAGACCAGUAUGGCGGCAGCCUAGAGAAUCGUUGCCGCUUCGCUUUAGAAGUAGUCGAAGCUGUUGUUGCUGAAAUUGGAGCUGACAGAGUCGGAAUAAGACUUUCUCCUUUUGCCAACUAUUCAGAAGCUGGAGAUUCCAAUCCUGAAGCUCUUGGGCUGUACAUGGUUAACGCUCUCAACAAAUAUGGGAUCGCAUACUGUCAUAUGGUGGAACCUAGGAUGAUAAAAGUAGUGGAAAAAAUGAAAAUUCCUAAGAGUCUUCUUUCAAUGAGGAAAGCAUUCAAGGGAACUUUUAUUGUCGUUGGGGGUUAUGAUAGAGAAGAAGGCAACAAUGUCAUCUCAAGCGGUUAUGCGGAUCUGGUGGCUUAUGGACGCCUCUUCUUGGCCAACCCAGACCUUCCUCGGCGGUUUGAGUUGAAUGCUCCACUUAAUAAGUAUAACAGGGAAACCUUCUACAUUUCUGAUCCAAAUGUUGGAUAUACAGAUUAUCCAUUCCUUUCGUUUUGAUUCAUAGACUAACAAGCUCUGAGUUGUGAAAGUUCAUUUAGGAUAAUCGCAUUGAAGAUGCAACUCUAGAUGCUACAGUAUGUGGGGUAGGAAAGUGUUUACUUUGCCUUCAAUAAAUAUUUCUCCUCUUGAGAAUCA